GAGGGGUGGCGGUAGUAGUUUCCGGAAGUGAAAUGCGGCGCUCUUGCGCAAUGCGAGGUCUCUUUACAUUUUGCGCCAUCGUAUCACUUGAGUGUGUUGCACUUGCAGCUGGAUACAUCGUGUUACAAUGAUCAUCUUCAGGGAUGUAUUCACGGAAGAUGAGCUGUUCUCUGAUUCCUAUAAAUAUAAAAUAGUGGAUGAUCUUUACUAUGAAGUUGAAGGGAAAUUAACAACACGCUCAAAUGAUUUCGAUGAUGCGCUGAUUGGCGCAAACGCCUCAGCAGAGGAUGGAGCCGAGACUUUCGAUAGGCAACAAGAAUCCGGUAUCGACAUUGUACUCAAUCAUAGCCUGAUGAAACAUGAUGCUUAUGAUAAGAAGGCAUACAUGCAGUACCUCAAAAAAUACAUGAAAAGACUAGCGGAACAUGUAAAAAACGAGAAGGGGGAGGACGCAGCCAAAGUCAUGAAAGAUAAACUGAAUGAAUCGGUUCCUAAGAAAAUUUUACCAAACCUCAAAAACUAUGAUUUCUACUCGGGAGGUGAAAACUUUGGUGAUCAGGAGGGUAUGCUAGCGCUGCUAGACUGGCGAGAGGAUGGAGUCACUCCAUUCUUUAUCUUCUUUAAAGAUGGACUUGUACAAGAGAAAUUUUAAAUAAUUUAUCUACACCGCCGGUAUGAGUCUCCAAUCUUACACUGGUUGUGUCUUGUAAUCGCUGCUGACCUUGUUGCCGCCUUCAUCAAUACCUGCUUAUCACUCGGUCAAACAUGGUUUUAACUCUCUGGCAUAUGCGAGUCUUGUUUACUAUUGAUGUCCAUUUACUGCGAAAUAAGUACUAAUUAAUGUUAAAAUGAUUAAUUAUUCUGUUCAAUGUAAUUGGGCAUUUCAUAAUGCAGGUCUCUUUUCUUCCAUACGUGGUGCACACAUUCAGUGGGAUGGAUUGUUGUGUAUUUACCAGCAUUGACAUUUGUGUGGACUGUUCAUACGUGUUGGUGUGUAAAAUACAUACAAUACAUCCACCAAUUAUGUAAUACUUAUGAAACUGUUCUGGCCAAUAUAUUAAACCAUGUUAUUCAUAAAAUAAAACGUUUGAUGAAAACAGCCUGAA